CAUUCAUCAACACAGUUGACUUCGAAACACUGUUUUGCCUUCCCAUCUCAUCUCCACCGUUUGCAUUUCAGACCACUAUGGCGGAAUCAUUUCUCUUCAGCACAGCAGAGUCACUCAUAGCAAAGCUUGCUUCUCGUGCUUUUCAAGAAGUUUCUCGAGUGGUGGAUUUAUACGACGAUCUUCAAGACCUUACAAACACUCUCUCUUUAGUUAAGGCUGUGCUGUUAGAUGCUCAGCAAAAACAUGAACACAACAAUGAGCUCCGCCAAUGGCUCAUUCAGCUCAAAACUGUCUUCUCAGCUGCCGAAGAUGUUUUGGAUGAAUUUGAGUGUCAAACACUGCGAAAGAAAGUGGUCAAAGUUCAUGGUAGCACCAAAGACAAGGUCAGUCACUUUUUCUCAACCUCUAAUCCACUUAUUUUUCGUUACAAAAUGGCUCAACAAAUUAAAGAUAUCAGCAGCAUACUAGACAAGGUUGCAGCUGAUAGGCAUAAGUUUAGUCUUCAAAUAAUUGAUGUUGAUCAACGUGUUGUGCGUCGGAGAGAUAUGACAUAUUCCCGUGUGAGUGAUUCAGAUGUGGUAGGAAGGAAAUACGAUAAAGAAAAGAUUACAGAGCAUUUGAUGCAGCAGAAUCCUAAGAAUGAUGAUACCAGUCUAUCUGUUAUCCCUAUUGUGGGGAUCGGAGGCUUGGGAAAGACUACACUUGCAAAGUUUGUUUUCAAUGACAACAAGAUCCAAGAGUGCUUCCCAUUACAGAUGUGGGUGUGUGUUUCUGAUGACUUUGACCUUAAGCAACUUAUUAUCAAAAUCAUCCAUUCUGCCAACGAUGUAGCAUCUGUUGAUGCUUAUCCUCCACAACCGAAUUUGAACAUGUUGGAUCUGGAGCAACUACAAAAUCAACUAAAAAACAAACUUUCCGGUCAAAAAUUCUUACUCGUAUUGGACGAUGUAUGGAACGAAGACCGUGUUAAAUGGGUUGAGUUACGAAAUUUAAUCCAAGUAAGUGCUGCAGGAAGCAAAAUCCUUGUGACCACACGAAGUCAUUCAAUUGCUUCCAUGAUGGGCACAGUUCCCUCUUGGACUAUAGAAGGUCUUUCUGACGAAGAUUCAUUGUCUCUGUUUGUAAAAUGGGCAUUUAAAGAAGGAGAGAAACAAAAGCAUCCUGACUUAGUAAAUAUUGGAAGAGAAAUUGUGAAAAAAUGCAAAGGAGUUCCAUUGGCAGUGAGAACAUUAGGGAGUUUACUAUUCUCGAAAUUUGAAGCCCGUGAAUGGGAAUAUGUAAGAGACAAUGAAAUUUGGAAUUUGCCUCAGAAAAAGGAGGACAUUUUACAUGCGCUUAAAUUAAGUUACGAUCUCAUGCCGUCCUAUUUGAGGCAACUGUUUGUAUUGUUUUCCCUUUAUCCAAAAGAUUAUGUAUUCUAUAAUUUUGACAUAACUUCGCUUUGGGGGGUACUUGGACUAAUUGCACCACCAACAUCGAAUAUGACACUUGAAGAUGUGGGCAAUCAGUAUUUGCACGAACUUCUGUCAAGAUCUUUUCUUCAGGAUUUUCAAAACUUUGGCACCUUUUAUAGUUUCAGAAUACAUGAUUUGGUGCAUGAUCUCGCCCUAUUUGUUGCGAUGGACGAGUGUCUACAUAUUAAUUCCAACAUUCAAAAUAUUCCUGACAAUAUUCGACAUCUGUCUUUUGCAGAAAAUAUUUUGCUUGGCAAUUUAGUCACCAAAAAAUCAGCAGUUGUGAGAACCGUAAUGUUUCCAAAUGGUGUAGCAGCUGCCAACUGUGAAGCUAUACUAAAGACGUUUCUGGGAAAGUUCAAAUGCUUGCGUGUUUUGGAUUUAAGUCGUGCAACAUUUGAGACUUUGCCUCGUAACAUUUCCAAGUUGAAACAUCUGAGAUAUCUGGACAUUAGCAAAAAUCCCAACAUUAAGAGACUCCCGGACUCUAUUUGCAAGCUCCAAAGUUUGCAAGUGUUGAUGCUUGACGGAUGCACGGAGCUGGAAGCAUUGCCCAAAGGAUUAAGAAAACUGAUCAGUCUCCGAGAUUUUUCGUUUUGCACAAAGCAAACUGUUUUUCCUGUGAAUGAGAUCGCCAAAUUAAGGUCGCUUGAAUUAUUUACUGUUGAAUCAUGCCAUAAUGUGGAGUCCAUGUUUGGAGGGGUGAAUUUCCCUAUUAUUAGAACUUUGCAUGUUUCAGACUGUCGGAGUCUAAAGUCUUUGGGGUUGGAUGGUCAAAAUUUUCCUCAAUUAGAAGCAUUGAUUGUUGAAAAGUGCAACAAUUUGGACUUGGAACUGUGGAAUGGUCAGCAUGAAGAAGAAAGGUCCAAGCUGAAGUUAAAACUUCUUAGCUUUUAUGGUUUAUCACAGCUGAUGGCCUUGCCUAAAUGGAUUCAGGAAGCGGACAACUCCUUACAGUGCUUGUAUGUUUCAAAUUGCCACAAUAUUGAAACACUUCCAGAUUGGUUAACAACUCUGACUGAUCUAAAAACACUUACUAUAAUAGAUUGUCCAAAGUUGGUAUCUCUCCCCGAUAACAUAGAUCACCUCUCCUCACUUCAAAAUUUAAGGAUUCAAGGUUGUGCUGACUUAUUUGAAAAAUAUGAGCCCCAUAUGGGAGAGUUUUGGCCCAAAAUAUCACAUAUAGAAAACAUAUUGAUUGACGAACCAGAAGCCUAACAAAAAUUAGAUGAAGAGCAAGACCUAGAGUGCAGCCCCUUAUUUUCUUUUAUUAAGGUGUUUUCCAUAAUAUUCAUUUCUUUUAUGCCUUUUCAUUUUGUCUCUUGGCUUAAGGCAUUUCGAUUUAGAAGACCUCCAUGACUUGCUUGUGUAACAGUGUUACCUUUUUUUUUACACCUUUGUCUUGCCAAUUAUUAAUAUUGUUAUUCAGAACUUCAGUAUUUCAUUUAUAUCUAUUAAUAUAAUAAAAUAUUUCGGUA